UCGGUGGAGAAGUCUGGUGGUGUUGCAGCCGAAGUACGCUUUGGUGUUAGAAGCUUCGGAGCGACAAUCUUCGAGUUUUUAGAGCGGCCUUUGCCAUGACUGCCCAGGGGGGCCUGGUGGCCAACCGAGGCCGGCGUUUCAAGUGGGCCAUAGAGCUGAGCGGAUCUGGAGGAGGUAGCAGGGGCCGAAGUGACCGGGGCAGUGGCCAAGGAGACUCACUGUACCCAGUCGGUUACUUGGACAAGCAAGUGCCUGAUACCAGCGUGCAAGAGACAGACCGGAUCCUGGUGGAGAAGGUACAGAGCGCUGCUGGGACAUUGCCUUGGGUCCCCUCAAACAGAUUCCCAUGAACCUCUUCAUCAUGUACAUGGCAGGCAAUACUAUCUCCAUCUUCCCUACUAUGAUGGUGUGCAUGAUGGCCUGGCGACCCAUUCAGGCACUUAUGGCCAUUUCAGCCACUUUCAAGAUGUUAGAAAGUUCAAGCCAGAAGUUUCUUCAGGGUUUGGUCUAUCUCAUCGGGAACCUGAUGGGUUUGGCAUUGGCUGUUUAUAAGUGCCAGUCCAUGGGACUACUGCCUACACAUGCAUCAGAUUGGUUAGCCUUCAUCGAGCCCCCUGAGAGGAUGGAAUUCAGUGGUGGAGGACUGCUUUUGUGAGCCUGAGAAGGAAGCACCUGGUGUGCCUAUGUAUUUGGGUCUUAUUUAUAGCCUUCUUUAAGCCCAGUGGCUCCUCAGCAUACUCCCUCUUAACAUUGAAACACUCAUGUUGAAAAUAAAAUAACUGAAAAGCUUUCUUUUCUCCAUGGUGAGGAGAUAGAUUCUAGAAAGACAAUGUGCAUACUACUACAAACAAAAAGAAACAAUACCACAACUCUGACUGAAAAUAAUGUAGAAAACUUUAUUUAUGUUUCCAGUACAGAGCAAAACAAAACCGUAACUCUAUGUAAACAAAUGAGUGGUUGCUGCUAAAUCAAGAACUGUAGCAGCAUCUCUUUUUAAUAAAUUAAAUGGUUGAGAACAAUGCUUAA